UCCCAAAAGGAGGGGCCCCCACUGCUCCCAGAGACGCCCCGAGAUGAAGACGGCCCUGCUGCUCCUUGUUGCCCUGGCUGUGGCCGCUGGGCCAGCCCAGGCUCUCCGCUGUCACGUAUGCUCCAACUCCAUGAACUGUAAGAAACCUCAGACCUGCUCACCCGGCUCGCGCUACUGCAGGACCAUGUCCAAGAUGGAGCCCCUGUCGGGGAACCUGGUGGAGAAGGACUGUGUGGAGUCGUGCACGCCCACGCACGGCCUGCAGAGCCAGGUCAGCAGGGGCACAGCAGUCACCCUGUGCUGCCAGGAGGACCUGUGCAACGAGAAUCUGCAGAGCAGCGCGCCGGCCCGCACCCUGCCCACCGGUGCCACCCUCGGCCUGGCCCUGGCCCUCGGCCUCGUCGCCCUGAUCUUGGGCCCCAGCCUGUGACCCCCCAGCGCAAGGGCUCCUGAACCUUUCCCAGGGCUUCCAUGCCCCUCCCACCCUUCCCUUCCCUGCCCCGAGGGACUCCACGGCCCCCUCCCUGGCCAUGACGGGGGCGUUCAGACACCCUGGGUUGGGGGCUCCCUCAGAAGGGCUCGGGCCAGGCCGUGCGGGCGUGGAGAGCUGAUGACUUGAAGCCACUCUCUCCCCUGAGACGAGAGGAUGCCCCUCCCUGAGCAGUGUGGAGGGCAGGGGACAGAGGCAUUCUGACCCCUUCUGAUUUCAUAUUCAUUCUGUUUGGUUUCUGUUUAUUUUUCUACUCACACCGCUGCACAGGAAUAAAUGAUUGAAAAUCAG